UACUCUGCCCUGUGUAGACAAAAGACAACAGGCCCCAUCAUCAAGCGACAUCGCUACUCAUCAACACUGGUUCGCAUCUCUACUACUGCUGCACAACACAUUCAACCUCACACAUUACCGCACCAUGUCGGCCAGCGUCGUGCGGUCUACCGCCCUCCGAGCCGGCGGCGCCUGCGUGCGCUGUCGCAAGGGCAAAACCAAGUGUGUCUACGAAAACGGUCGCGCUCCUUGCAAGAACUGCGCCAAGGGCAUGCACGAGUGCUAUUUGCCCUCCGAGUCCAUGGCCCAUCAUCACGGCCAGUCGCCCGCCCGUCAUACCGCCGCUCAUCGCCCUGCGCGUGAGAGCCUGCCUGCCUCGGUUCCGGCCGGUGAUGUGCGCGCCGCCAACCCGGCCUCGACCUCGUCUCGUCACGUUCAGACUCCCGAGAAACUUACACCGGAGCUCAUCCAAGAAUGCGAACGCGUCAUUUCCAAGACGUACCCGGCCUGCGUUGCUUUCCACAAGCCUUCGUUCAUCCAGCAGCUCAAGAACGCCUCUCUGGACCCGGCCCUCAUUUACGCGCUGCUCACCUGCGCCGCUCGAAGCUCCCCUACCUUGAUUAGACGCUAUGGCGGGCAGUCCGGUGCUACUGGUGCUGCCGAGCACUUCGCAGCCAAGGCCAUGGGCAUCAUCAACCAGAACCUCGAUACUCCCAGUCUCGCUGAGAUUCAGGCCAUCUGCUUGAUCAUCAUUCACGAGUGGGGUUCCCGCAAUGCUGUUCGUGCCUACAUCUACUUGGGCCAGGCUAGUCGCAUGGUCCAGAUGUACCGCAUUCUCCACAGCCACCAUGCGGCCGUCAGUGAUGCCGAUAGGUUCCUUCAGGACGAGUCGUUCCGCCGUGUGCUGUGGCUGCUGUACAUUCUCGACUGCUUGCUUACCAGCACGCCCGGCCGCCAGCCGGCAUUGUCCGCCAACGACACGGCUGAUGUCUCUCUGCCCUGCUCCGACAUGAACUUUGCCUUUGGCAACGCCGUCUAUGUCCAGACCAUCAACCUUUCAGACCCGUCUCGGAUGCCUUCUGGCUCCCGUACCGAUGAGGUCGGUGAGUUUGGUCAGAUUGUCAUGGCUACUCGCAUAUGGCGCGACGUGGUCCAGAUGCUGAUGACCACAACCACGGAGACCUUCAACGACAAUGUCUGCACUACUCUCAUGGGUGAGAUUGAGCGCCUUCGCGCCUCUCUGUCGAUGCAGUACGUCGACAAGCCAGGCCAGAUCAACCUGCACAUCACCAUGGGCUCUGGUUUCACAUAUGCCAUGCUGCACUGCAUGCUUCACUGCGCAUCCAUCUUCAUCAACCGCCGUCGCCUGCUGCAGUAUGUUACUGCGCCUGGCUUCAAUUUGGAGAGCUGGCGCCUCACCCCCCAGUGCCACGAGAUCAUUGAUAGGCUCUUUACCUCGUGCCACAGCACCAUCGCUAUGCUCACUGCUCUCGAGACCGGGUUUGACAAGGAGGGCAUUAUCUGCUUCCCCAUCUUCAUGCUCUUCUCGUCCUUCACUGCCAGUGCCACUGUCGCCUACCUGUCUCUGAAGGGCUUGACCCCCCCUAAUGCGGUCGAGACUGCUGGGCAUAUUGUGCGCGAUGGCCUCCACUUCAUGCAGGAUGGAGUUGAUACCUGGCCUCUGAUCAGCUCGUGGCUGCGUCACCUUGCCGUCAUGCAUAGAGUGCUGGGCAAUGAUGCUGUCGCUGGCAGCCCCAGUGUCGCAGGCACCUCUGUUCCUCCCACCAGCGCCCCGCCUGCCGACCAGGCGUCUGUUAAGGACGAAGCCGCCUCGAACCCAGACACCAACCCUGACGCCAUGGACUACGACCAGACCUCCAACUCCAACGCUGGCACCGGCGUCCCCGCUCCUCCGGGUCCUGCCAACAACCACACUGCCUCUGUGAGUGAGAGUGGCCGCGAGAGCGUCCGCGAGAACGGUCGCGAGAGCGGUCGCGAGAGCGAGAGCGAGCCCCCCGCGCCUCAGCCGCGUCGCCCCGGUGUUACUACCAUCAACGGCGGUUCCGGCGGUGUUGGUACGCCGGCUUCUGUCAGCCCGCCUCCUCCCCAGCAGGCCGAGAUCAAGCAGUCCACCGAGAUGCUUUCUCAGCCUCAUAUUGGCAACGGCGUGGCUUCUGCCGAGCCUGCUGCUCCUGUGCCCCAGGAUAUGACGGCUAGCGAACUUUGCUCCGCAUUCGAGCGACAGUUGCUCGAGCUCGACGACCUCGCCGCCUUCAUGGGUGGCGGAGUUUGACUCACCUCUUGAUCAAACUUGACCC